GUUAACUGAUCUGGAAAAUACUAUUUUGCCCCAUGGCUUAUAUGUUGUGCCAAGUGGACACCUUAAUUGCAAAGCUUCCCAAUCUACUACCUCAUGGAAUGGAAUCACGUUUGGUCUUCAGAAAAUCCAAAUACAAGCUUUUAUGAAUAUUUUUAUUUUACUUCUUUCUUGGAAAGACAAAUCACAACUUUAAUUCAAAUAUUUGUACUUCAAUUUUCUGAAUUUGCAGAGGAAAAUGGUUCCCAAUGUAACACUAAACCUUUUUCAUUUUCUAUAAACUUCUCUCUCUUUUCUUUGUUCAUCUCUCUCUUCUCUUUCAUCUCUGGUUCCUGCAAACAAACCCUAACCGGGUUGCGUUUCAAUUUUUGUUCUUCCUCACUAACGAAACCAGAUCUGCUAUCAAAACUCACUAACGAAACCCUAGGCCCUAGCCAAACCCAAAAUCUUCCACACAACCUAGAUUAUUUUUUAUCUCUCUAACUUAUCUGUUGAGAUGUUUACCUUUUACUGUUUUCAGGUUCCAUUGAUGCAGUUGGAGUAUUUGGUCGACUAUCUAACAGAGUUAUCGCUUAUAGUUUAUGAUAUGACGAUCUUUUUGUUUCUUUCUUUUUCAACUUCAAUAAUGUUUUAUCCAUUCAUAUAUCAGUUUUUGUGAUAUUUUCUGAUUUAGUGUUUGUUGUUUGAGGUUUGGAUCUGUUGGCUCACACGGAAGGAAGAAUAUGUACGCGACCGACGAUUUGAUGAUGUUGCUGAGCGGUUUCGUUCGCGCUUGAAGUUGUGAUAUUCGGUUUUGAACGUUUGGUGAUGAAUGUUGAGUUGAAACAAGUCUGAAUCGGCAAAGCUGGGUGAGAUCUUUAUGAGUUUAUGUUAUUUUCUCUUUAACCUCUCUUCUUUUCUCUCAAACUUUCUGAAGGGUUUGUGAAAUUAAAAAUGAUGAACAACUUUUGGAUUUCUUGAUGUUUGUGAUUUCUCUGUGUUUGAUGUUUGUGGUUCUUUAACGUGAACAAUGGUCUUUCUCUCUUUUUUCCUCACAUUUUGAAGGAUUUGUAUUUUAAAGAUGAUGAUUUUGUUCGUAAUUGCACUUCCUCAGGUUGCUGCACUCUUCCAAGACCACCCAGAUCUUCUUGAUGGGUUUAUUCAUUUUCUUCCCGAUGUUUCCGCAGCUGCCCCUGCUCAUACUGUUGCUCGGAAUUCUCGGUUUCGAGAUAGGAGCUCUGCACUGCAUACAAUGCGGCAACUGCAUAUUGAAAGAGCAAACAUUAUUUUUAUGGUGGAGGAGAGAUGUUUUGGAGACGGAGCAAACAAAUCGCAACAUGUGAAAUGGAUGAAGAGCUUGAGUGGAGUUGGCGAUAUAAAUUCUGAUUCUACUAUUCUUGGUAAAACUAAGUUGAAGCUCUCAGUGAAAAAAGAUUCAAAAUACCGAGACUUUUUGAGCAUUGCUGAAGGUUACUGGUGUUGAUGUUGUGAGAUCAUUUUCAAGACAUUUUAAAAUAUGCUAUCAACCAUUAUGUAGUAGUGAUCAAGUAGAGCAAUUAGAGCAUAGAGUAUCAGCGUUACAAAGCCACUUAAAAGAUGCUGAAGAAGAAUUGGAGAAUGUCAGAAGAGGGAACGCUAGGCUUGACUCAUUGUUAUCAUUCAUAUGAAUAAUGAUGUCAUUUUAAAGCAAAGAAAUUGUAUGAGGAAGCAAGUCAAGUGGCGAAUGAUGCAGUAGGGAGUAUACAAACAAUUGCUUCUUUAUGUUCUGAAGAGAAAGUGAUGGACUUAUAUAAGCAAAACCAUUCGGGAGCAAUUGAGUUGCUUAUAGAGAGUUUUACUUCUUCUAAGAAAAAGAACAAGCCUUUGCCGAGAAAAAUCAGCUCUAUCCAUUGUGCCCCUUAUCAGGAACAUACUGAGCUCUGUUGUUUCUAUUUGCAGCCUCCCGCAAUCUCUGAAUGAGAUUCUCUCUGAUCAUUACCCGCAAAUCUACAUUGUCGACUGUGAUAUUCGGACCUGUUUAUCUUCUAUUCCGUCAUUUGAGUCAUCAUGGCCUUACAGAACAUUCGUGCUGGUAACAGUGAUGAUGUCUUCUACAGAUAUAAGAUGCCUAGAAUGAUAACAAAAAUUGAGGGCAGAGGUAAUGGCUCAUGACUUUAAGUAAGCAUUCAAAACUUGGUAUUGAGAAGCUGGGCCUAUUUGUCUUUCUUACUUAAUUGUGUUCAAGGUCAUUAGUUAUAUCCAAUGUGAAACUAAAUUCUUAAGUAAUCCUUUCAGCCAGAUCCAGGUGAGAUAACAAAAAUAGAUGCAGAAGGGAUUCUGACUUGCUUGCAAGACGCAAUAUGUUCUCUUGAGGAAAAAUAGGUAAUGCACAUAAUUAAAACUGGUCGUGACAUAGUAAGCAACUAUUUUAGUUUUUUUUCUUUGUACUGGUCUUGGUAGGGCUGCAUUAACAACUUCUAUGAUAAGUGACACAUAUGCUUGGAUUUUAUUCACAUUGUUUGUUCCAUUUUCACUUAAUGGUCUAGCAGCAAUAUACUCAGUGAUAAGCACUAUAAUAUUUGCUAUCAUUUGCAUCUUUGUGGUGCAUCAUAUCGUUGUGAAAGUCAUUGAUCACAAGAUGAAUAGGGAAGAAUGGGAUGAAGGCCAAUUACUCUAUGUGAUUCGAAUGCUGCUGUUUGAUGAAGUUGAAGUAGACACCUCGAGUCAUACUGAAGCACAAGGCAUAUUGUUUGUUGUAAUGAAUUGUGAGAAGCAGAAGGAGUUAGAUGAUGAGUGUGUGAAUUCAUUUAGACUGACAGCGGUAAAUAGCAAUGAUUUUAUAACCUGUUCAGAGGUUGAUGUUAUUCAGGAAAAGAUAUUCCCACAAUCCUCAAUGAGCUAGACAAAUUUGGUUGUGAUUUAUACACAAUUGGACAAGGGAAUCGUAGGAAAUCUCAGGUCUUUUCAAUUUUAUUGGAAUGGUCCGACUGUCCUUUCCCUAAUGCUCAUUUAGAUUCAGCUAUUAUUACUGGUUUAUUUGAUUAUGUUUGGGUUCAAUUUUACAAUGAUGGGCAUAACAUCUUGAAUAUAGCACAUCAGUAUUAAUAAGAAAAGAGGCUCUAACAUCUUUGACAGAAGCUUCUGUCAAUGAUUACUUUUGUUA